CAGCACACCUACCUACAGCAAGUACAUCAUCUAUCUUUGAGGGAAUAAAAAUAGCUGUUUUUAUUUAUUUCUUCUAGUCGUAAAGUUUCUGUUACAAGUAUUUAGUUAGUGAAUCUAAACAUAUGUAUAUAAAUAUAGCCCGCACUGAGUGAUAACUUAAAUAAAACUAAGCACCGAAGGAGCCGGAGAGAGUUCAAUAAACUUUUACGUCAAGCCUUGUUGAAUACAAAUGUCAUUAUUUGGCUAUUGGUGUUUUUUAGUCUAAUGUUGUGUGUGAUAACUGUAAAACAAAACUUGAAUAAUAUAGCUGAGACAUUUUUAUUGCUAUGGAAAGUCAAAAUCCUCAAGAGAGGAGUGUUCCAAUACAACAUGGUCGAGGAUCGCGAGCAUUUCGGCAGUUCAAGAAUCCACCACAACCCCACAUGUGUAUUCAAGAUACAAUCAAAGACACAUCAGAGAAAUUAUUUAUAAACGUUUUAGGUUGGCAAAAAAUAGCGAAUCCUAAACAGUUUAACGAUCCUAUUCCUCUGUAUGGGGGAAUGCAGGUACCCCAAGGCUGUGGACCAAAUAGCAACAGACCACCACUACUUGUUUUUGCCGUAAUGGUUAACCCAGAUAUUUUGAAAGCUAAUGGAAAAAACGCUGCCAACCCAACGGAUAGAGAAGCUUUAGUGAGUCUGCUAUGUGACUUUGUAGAAGCUAUGAAUCCAGGACUACUACUCACAAGGAGUCCUGUUAUCCUAAAGGAUAGAGAUCUUGCUGGAGAGCUUAAAGAUGUUUGGCUCGCUGUACAAAACAAACGGGAAAGAGAGAAAGGCAUGAAUCAAGAUGUUAUGUAUAAGGUCUAUGAUAUUGAUGGGAUUGGAGAGGACAUGAAUGAAGAAGAAAAAAUGAAUUCACGGAAUUGCAAACAAAAUGACAAAAAUUCACCUACCAGAUCACAGAGCGUUGAUAAGAAGAACAUUGUGAAAUCUUCCAAGCAAAUACUUAUGAACGCAGGACAAAAGUCUGAGUUUGAUUCUGGCAUGAACAACACUCAGAUCACUCAAAGCCACUCAAAUAGAGACAAUAAGUGUAUCAAUAGUAAUGCAGAUACAACAUAUUGCACUCCAGUGUAUGGCCAAAUAGUAUCUAGUCGAGAAAAUCACAAUCAAAUCAAUGAUAUACAACAAAAAUUUUCUAUGAGCGAAAACACAAAACCAUCAAGUUCAUUCAGAAAAGACUGGAACCCUGUACAUGGAAAAACUACAGAGGGUUGGGAUGAGUUCUCUAAACGGAAUAUUUCUUCUAUUAGUAAUGAAAAGGAUAGUAACAUAAAGAAACAGAGAUAUAUUAAAAAUGAAAAAUCAAACAAGCAAGUUAGCAAUGGCAAAGCCCAAUAUGACUUUUUCCCGGUAUUUGACAAUAAAGCAGUUGAAGAAGACUCUAACUCGAGUAACGAUAGUGAUACUUCAGAUAAAGGGAAAGACCAAGAACUAAGGAACGAUGACAAUUCUAAAAUAAUACUAGAUGCAGUGCAGAAACUAGUUCUGCAUACGACUGAUAAUACAUUAUGUGAUAAUAAGACAAGUGCUCUCAGCUCAAUAAGCUCAUAAUUUUAAAGCUUUUAUAAACAAUUUUGUAUGGGAGUUAAAGUUGAAAUAUGUAUUUGCUUAUUGCUGUUUAAGGGAUGUGUAUAUUGGGAUACGACCUAGCAAUUUGGCAUUAGCGGCAUACUAGUCAAAUUUAUUUUAUAAUGAUUUUAAUAUGAAAUUGAGCAGUUAUGAAUUGCUUAAUAUUAAAUUUGCAUUCAUAAGUAUUAUAUAAUAUGGGUUGUUUAAUACCAAACACCUCUCGGUGAAAUGAAAAUAUUGCUAGUUUUGUCCUUAAACUUUGAAUGUGUUCUAUGACUAAAUCCAGAUAUUUUUUGAGGAUCAUGUGCAUUGAAUGAAUGAAGAACUUGUUAAACAAUGUAAAUAAAAUGAUUUUACAAGGAAUAUAGUGAUCUGGAUUUUGGUUUAUAUUAGACUUGCAACGAAUAUUCGGUUACUAUUCGGUAUUCGGCCUAUUCGGCUGCUUUUAUUAUAUUCGGCCGAAUACUUAAAUAAUAUAUUUUGUCAUAAAUAAAUAAUUGGUAAAAUGAAAAAUUAAAAUCGAUUGAUUACGUGUAUAUUCAUAUUUUCAUUUCUGUUAUAUAAUCAUUUAAGUAGUCAUUGGUACAUAACACAUGUACGUAAUCAUCUUCUGAAUUGGAAAAAUGGAGGAUUCUAUGUAUUUUAAUUAUUGUGGUAAUCAAAAUUUAGCAGGGUAAGAUUAUCAUUUCUUUUAUAAUCAUUUAUUAAGUAGUCAUUGGUACAUAAAACAGGUAUAUAAUUUAAUCAUUUUCUGUAUUAACCGCAUUUUAGCUUGAGGACGGCAGAUUAGUACAAAACAAAGGAGAGCGAAACAAUCACGUCUGUACAAGUUUUUGGCGCUUAAAUCCAGCCGAAUACUUUUGCCUAAUAUUCAGCUAUUCGGUCAGGGGCCUCGCCGAAUAUUCGGCUAUUCGGUCAGGGGCCUCGCCGAAUAUUCGGCUAUUCGGUCAGGGGCCUCGCCGAAUAUUCGG